GACAUGGGCGGAUAAGUUCUACGGGAGUCGCGCUCGGUGCUAUGAGGUAGCGCCCGGCAACCAUGCGGGCGGUCUUAUGUGCGCUCUAGCCACGCAGCCUCACCAGCGCAUACUAGAGAGAUUGAGAUGCGGCGGCAGGCUCGGAUCUCAUGCGGCGGCGCGCUGAUUGGACGCUCCGCCUCGGCGUUACAAGUAUGGCUGUGGCUACUGAUAUACGUAUUCCAAAACGAAUUUCGGAUAUCGAGGUCCAUAGAACCAGGAUACUUGGACUUCGACAACCUCCCCGAGACGAACUUCACGUGCGCUGGCAAGGUCAUCGGCGGCUACUACGCGGACCUCGAGACCUCGUGCCAGAUGUUCCACGUGUGCACCGUGGGCCAGCAGGAGGAGCCCAUGGACAUCAAGUUCCUUUGCCUUAACGGCACCGUCUUUGAUCAGGAGACAAGAGUAUGUGAACGGGUGGAUGAAGUAGAUUGUACAAAGUCUGAAAAGUUUUAUAGCUUAAAUUUAGAAUUAUACGGGAGUACACUAGCGCCACCUGUAAUACAGCCAGAACAAUCUAAACCUCAAGGAGAAACGACUGAACAAACAAACCAACAAACCAAACCAAGCAAAACGGCAAGCCCUGCGCCCGCUCCUGCAGCUGAGCCUGCACAAAGUGAAAAGACUCAUAUAAUACAAGCCGAGGUCGAGGAUUCAACGGAAGACCCUGUAUUAGAUACGAAAAAAGAAGAGCAUCAAAAUAAAAAUCAUUAUCUCCCAACUAGUUCUGGGUUUACGUCGCCAGAGCACGAAGAAGUCAUUGAAGAAAAUCAAGAAGAAGAUGAAUUCGAUAGCGAAAAUCCUGAUUAUGACGAUGAUUACUCCCCCUCUACAACAACUACUUUCACGCACGCUCCGACCACUAGCACAACAACAACGACUACUACAACAACUACUACUAGAAAGCCGCAACCUACUGCAACAUUUACACCAUCUUCUUUAUUUCACCACCAACUUCCUUCUGGACCAUAUUUGAAUCCCUCACAAAGCCCUCCGUUGUCGUCUCUGUCUCCUCCGUCACACGCUUCGUCGCUAUCUUCUGCGUCUGCGUCACCUACUUCUGAUCCCUCACUCCUGUCUCCACAAGAAUUUAUCUACCGACACCGAGGACCUGGUUCGGAAGCUAUUUCAUUUCAGCGCCAAAGUUUUCGCCCUGCCGACGGAGUUUUCAUAACGCAUGCUCCUCCUCAUCAGUUUGAUCAUUUCCAAUAUGAAUCUUCCCGUACCGCACCACGACCGGUACCUUUUGUACAGAAGCCUCAACCUUUUCGACCUACUACCUUAGAUCCCCGGGAUCAACUAUUGCGUCCUGGGCCAACUUCACAAUCAUCUGAACGCCACGAAAUGGCAGUGAAGCAUAAACAACAACCUCAAACUUACCUGUCCUUGCCGGCUCAGAGGCCUUUACCUUUUGAUCCAUUCUAUUAUGAACGUAAGAGGAGUGAUGAAUCAGUUGUACCAGAUAGCGAAUCAACUCUCUCUGCGCGAUCUGUUGCACCACCCCACGCGCCACAGAACAAGCCAAAAAGCCCACCGCGGGUUAUUGUCACCGCCAGCGCUUCGGUCAGCGAUAGUAACGGGAAGAGAUUAAACUACACUGUUGGCAACGUUGUCAGUGCAGUGAAACCAAUUGUGCCAAUAAACUACGACGACUACAAGGAGUCAGAUCUUAUAUUUGAUCCAUUCUUUCUCGAUGUGCCAAAAUUACAAAAACGAAGGAAGACUAGAUCGAAUCAGAAGAGAAGGAUAUUUACAGUCCCCGCGACCGCAACUGUGUCGUCUGAACUAGUAACUAAUAAUCAUGCUGUUACCAAGGCUUCAGUCACGUCUAGAGCUACAACUACAGACAGUAGGACAACUACCGUUCCCACCACCACUACUACUGCAGCCUGGAACCCAAACGAUUACGUCGAUGACAACUACGAACCGCACGCUUACGUUCAUUCUAUGCCUCCGCUCGCUAUUUUUCAUUAUGAAAGGCAAAAACAUGAUAAGCAUGAGGGAAAGCCUAACAAAGAUUCAGUAACGGUUAAAAACGAUAACGUUAAACAUGAUCAUCGUUUGGUGUUUGUGUCGAGGCCGACGUCGUCUGUAGCGCAGACAACCUCUAGUCAAAGCAUAGGCGCGGGCGCAGCGCCCCCCGCCGCGUCACCGCCGCCCCAGCCACCCCUAGAAGCGCCCACUUGCGCGUUUCCGGGUACCACUGACUGUCGGACCCAUGCCUAACUAUUUAGCUCAUAUUAGGUAGAUUAUUUAGAUAGACAAAUUUCAAAUUGUUCAAAUAUUAGUUGAUUCUAACGCGCAGUGAAACGGUUGUCGCAAACUAAUGACUAUCAUUUACGUCUCUUGAGACAGGGUCAACCAUUAAAUAUUAGAUUAAAAUAUUUAUAUUUUAUUGCUACAUCUACUUACGACUUCUGUAAAUAAAAAUGUAUUAUCCAAGUUGAUGGUGUCAAAAUAUAUUAAGCUAUAAUUAAAAAAGGAAAAUCUGUAAAUAUUUUAUAAAUAUACAUCAUGUUUCUGUACAA